CGAGCGCCGGGGCGCCCCGUCUGCCCGCCCUUAAAGGGACCACGUCCCGGAAAACUCGCUGCUCCGCACGGCGUCGAGUCGCUGCCGCUUAGCACGCCCCUCACCCUUCGACUCCCCUCCCUUCGCGGCCGCCCCGGCCGCCAGCUUCUCCUCCCCUGGCGUCUCGGGCUCCCGGCAACCAGCCGCCACUGGUUCUCACGGUCCCGGCCCGGGGCUGCAGGCGCGUGCUCAGCCCCUCGCGAGCUGGGGUCCCUUCCGGUAGCCCCCAUCCCUCCCUCCCCUCCCCCCUGCCCACCGUCCCCUCCCCUCCCGGGCCCCGGGAGCGCCUCCGCGGCUCCAGGGAGGGGAUAUUUCCUAAUCUCGGGCCGGGGUUAAAGUUCUGGUCCUGGUGAGAUGCUGGAAGCUGCGGCCGCAGCCGCAAUCUGUCCCGGAGGUGUCCUGUCGCCUGUCGCCACCGCCCCCACCACUGCGAUCGCUACCGCUGUCACUGCCGCUCUGCCGGGGCCAUGUUCGCUCUGGGCUUGCCCUACUUGGUGCUCUUGGUGGCCUCGGCCGACAGCCAUCUGGGGGUUCUGGGGCCCAAGAACGUCUCGCAGAGAGAUGCCGAGUUUGAGCACACCUACUUGGACGAGGUCAACAGCUUGCUGGUCAACAUCUAUACCUUCAAUCACACUGUGACCCGCAACCGGACUGAGGGUGUGCGCGUGUCCGUGAACGUCCUGAACAAGCAGAAGGGGGCGCCUUUGCUGUUCGUGGUCCGCCAGAAGGAGGCUGUGGUGUCCUUCCAGGUGCCCCUAAUCCUGCGAGGGCUGUAUCAGCGCAAGUACCUCUACCAAAAGGUGGAACGAACACUGUGUCAGCCCCCCACCAAGAAUGAGUCUGAGAUCCAGUUCUUCUACGUGGAUGUGUCCACACUGUCACCAGUCAACACCACAUACCAGCUCCGGGUCAGCCGAAUGGACAACUUUGUGCUCAGGACCGGGGAACUGUUUAGCUUCAACACCACUGCGGCCCAACCCCAGUACUUCAAGUAUGAGUUUCCUGAGGGAGUGGACUCCGUGAUUGUCAAGGUGACCUCGAACAAGGCCUUCCCCUGCUCAGUCAUCUCCAUCCAGGAUGUCCUGUGCCCUGUCUAUGACCUGGACAACAAUGUAGCCUUCAUCGGCAUGUAUCAGACUAUGACGAAGAAGGCAGCCAUCACUGUGCAGCGCAAAGACUUCCCCAGCAACAGCUUUUACGUGGUGGUGGUGGUGAAGACUGAAGAUCAGGCCUGCGGGGGCUCCUUGCCCUUUUACCCCUUUGUAGAAGAUGAACCGGUUGAUCAAGGGCACCGCCAGAAAACCCUGUCUGUGCUGGUCUCUCAAGCAGUCACGUCUGAGGCCUAUGUUGGUGGUAUGCUCUUUUGCUUGGGUAUUUUUCUCUCCUUCUACCUGCUGACCGUCCUCCUGGCCUGUUGGGAGAACUGGAGACAGAGGAAGAAGACCCUGCUGGUGGCCAUAGAAAGAGCCUGCCCAGAAAGUGGUCAUCCUCGAGUCCUGGCCGAUUCCUUUCCUGGCAGUGCCCCUUAUGAGGGUUACAACUAUGGCUCCUUUGAAAAUGGUUCCGGAUCCACCGACGGUUUGGUUGACAGCACAGGCACUGGGGACCUCUCUUACGGCUACCAGGACCGCUCCUUUGACCCAGUGGGUACUCGGCCACGACUGGACUCUAUGAGCUCUGUGGAGGAGGAUGAUUAUGACACAUUGACUGACAUCGAUUCAGACAAGAAUGUUAUUCGCACCAAGCAAUACCUCUGUGUAGCUGACCUGGCACGGAAGGACAAGCGUGUUCUGAGGAAAAAAUACCAGAUCUACUUCUGGAACAUUGCCACCAUUGCUGUCUUCUAUGCCCUUCCUGUGGUGCAGCUGGUGAUCACCUACCAGACGGUGGUAAAUGUCACGGGGAAUCAGGACAUCUGCUACUACAACUUCCUCUGUGCCCACCCACUGGGCAACCUCAGCGCCUUCAACAACAUCCUCAGCAACCUGGGGUACAUCCUGCUGGGGCUGCUCUUCCUGCUCAUCAUCCUGCAGCGGGAAAUCAACCACAACCGGGCCCUGCUGCGCAAUGACCUCUACGCCCUGGAAUGCGGGAUCCCAAAGCACUUCGGGUUGUUUUACGCCAUGGGCACAGCACUGAUGAUGGAGGGGCUACUUAGUGCUUGCUAUCACGUCUGUCCCAACUAUACUAAUUUCCAGUUUGACACAUCGUUCAUGUACAUGAUUGCUGGACUCUGCAUGCUGAAGCUGUACCAGAAACGGCACCCGGACAUCAACGCCAGCGCCUACAGUGCCUAUGCCUGCCUGGCCAUCGUCAUCUUCUUCUCUGUGCUGGGCGUGGUCUUUGGCAAAGGCAACACGGCGUUCUGGAUCGUCUUCUCCGUCAUCCACAUCAUUGCCACCCUGCUCCUCAGCACACAGCUCUAUUACAUGGGCCGCUGGAAGCUGGACUCGGGGAUCUUCCGCCGAAUCCUCCAUGUGCUCUACACAGACUGCAUCCGGCAGUGCAGUGGACCCCUCUACAUGGACCGCAUGGUGCUGCUGGUCAUGGGCAACAUUAUCAACUGGUCGCUGGCUGCCUAUGGGCUUAUCAUGCGCCCCAAUGAUUUCGCCUCCUACUUGUUGGCCAUCGGAAUUUGCAACCUGCUGCUCUACUUUGCCUUCUACAUUAUUAUGAAGCUUCGGAGUGGGGAGAGGAUCAAGCUCAUCCCCCUGCUGUGCAUCAUCUGCACGUCUGUCGUCUGGGGCUUCGCGCUCUUCUUUUUCUUCCAGGGACUCAGCACCUGGCAGAAAACCCCUGCAGAGUCGAGAGAACACAACCGGGACUGUAUCCUUCUGGACUUCUUUGACGACCAUGACAUCUGGCACUUCCUGUCCUCCAUUGCCAUGUUUGGGUCCUUCCUGGUGUUGCUGACACUGGAUGACGACUUGGAUACAGUGCAGCGGGACAAGAUCUAUGUCUUCUAGCAGGCGCCAGGCCCUUUGCUUUACUUCAUGGGGCCCUGAGCUCCUCUGUGUCCCCUGCUGGGUGCCUCUGUAGCACCGGGAAGUGAGUUCCAGUUCUGCUGCUCAGCGCUGGAUGGCAGCAGGACGGCGAGGUCUGACCCAGGCCCAGCUCAGGACAGUCGUUGGGGGGCAUUGAACCUUGCAGCUGCCCUCUGCCGGGGAGGAGGCCUGCUCCCCUGAUUCCCCAUACACUGGCCAAAUUGCUGCUUUCUUCUCAGUGUUGGGCCCUUCUGCUGGCCCUGUUCAUUGGCUCUCCGUUCAUCUCUGCAGGAGGAAGGAGGGAAGAUGUUACCUGCAUUUCAUGACUUGCAUUUUGCCUGUCCUUCCCUUCCCACUCAGCCUGGAACUUACAGCCCAUCCUUCCUGCCAUGCUUUACUCCAGGGCCGGAUUCUGUGUCAUCCAGGAGGGCCCCAGGUCUCUUUGGGGCUGCACCUGGCUGCCAUCACUGCCCACUCUAGUCAGCCAGGCUGGAUGCAGGUGUGGGACUUUGGGAGCUCAUCACCCAGUGCCAGGCUUUUGGUGCUAAGGCCUGCAAGGGGCCCAGAGCAGGACCUCCUUCCCCUAACUUACACUGGGACUGGCCUGUUAGCAUUGAGGGUCAACCCAGUGUGAGCCAUCCCUGAUUUGAGGAGCUGAAGUCAGUGGUCACCUCUUCCUCCCAUCAGCCCUCAGAGUGAUGCCAGCACCAGGAUUGAAGGGAAACUCAACUCACGCAUCCCCUUCCCUUCUUUCCAUGCCUGCAGUCCUGCCAAGCCCCAGCUGGGGGCCUUUCAGUGCCAUUGACACUGCCCAAGAAUGUCCUGGGGCAAAGGAUGGAUGGUACCAAGAGCCCAGCCCAUCCUGCCACAGCCAAGAAGCCCCAGUGCCUGUCUUAGAAAGGGGUUGAAGAAGAGACAUGCCAUAUCCUCCAUGGCCUCAGUCCCAGCCUCAUGCUAGGACCUAGGGCUGGGUUCUGAGUUUCCAUCCAAUCUUCAGCCAAGUUCUGUGUUACACACACACACACACGCACACAUACACGCACGCGUGCACACAUACACAUACACACGUGUGCGUGUGCACGCGCACACACACACAAAAUCUUGGAGUUUACAUGGAGUUGCCCCAGCUCUGAGUUCCUUGGCCACUCUGAUCCUUGGCUCCCCCUUUACCCCACCUGGUCCAUUCCAGAUGCCAAGGAUGGGGACCCUCAGGUUGGGCCUCUGUCAGGGCUGGGACUGGGUUUUAUUCUCUCUGACUUGUUUUUUACAGCUCUCCUUGGGCUGGGGAGAGGAGGCAGGUCUGGGUCUAUGUUUCAGAGUCCCGUUUUAUGUCUUUCCAUGCCACAAAUGUGUUUCUGUUUUUUAUGAAUGAGUCAUUCAAUAAA